AACCCCUCGUAUCCUUAACCCCAAACCGGGUGCCAACAAAGCUAGGGUUUGCAGAGCUCCCGCCACCACAUUCAGAUCUCACAUCUGCAACUUCCACAUUCGCGACAAUGGCGACCCAAAUGAGCAAGAAGCGAAAGUUCGUCGCCGACGGAGUGUUCUUCGCCGAGCUGAAUGAAGUUCUCACGAGAGAGCUCGCCGAAGAUGGCUACUCUGGCGUUGAAGUUAGGGUCACACCGAUGCGUACCGAGAUCAUAAUCAGAGCCACUCGUACCCAGAACGUGCUCGGAGAGAAGGGGAGGAGGAUUAGGGAGCUAACCUCAGUGGUACAGAAGAGGUUUAAGUUUCCAGAAAACAGUGUUGAGCUUUAUGCUGAGAAGGUUAACAAUAGAGGGCUUUGCGCUAUUGCCCAAGCUGAGUCUCUCCGUUACAAGCUUCUUGGAGGCCUCGCUGUCCGCAGGGCCUGCUAUGGUGUUUUGAGAUUUGUCAUGGAAAGUGGGGCCAAGGGUUGUGAGGUGAUUGUUAGUGGAAAGCUAAGAGCACAGAGAGCCAAGUCCAUGAAGUUCAAAGAUGGGUACAUGAUUUCUUCUGGUCAGCCAGUUAAUGAAUACAUCGAUUCUGCUGUGAGGCAUGUCCUCCUUAGACAGGGUGUACUUGGUAUUAAGGUCAAGAUUAUGCUUGAUUGGGAUCCCAAGGGCAAGCAAGGCCCCAUGACCCCCUUACCUGACCUUGUUACAAUCCACCAACCGAAGGAGGAUGAGUAUUUCAGGCCGGCAGUAGCAGCAGCUGCAGUAGUGGCACCACCUGUUCUGGGCGCAACUGAUAUUGAUGUCCCCCUGGUUGUGGCUUAAGUCCUUAACAUAUGUUCUGAGAUAGUCAUCCAUUUUUUGUAACUUCAAUCUCGAGUGUUUUAAUUUUAUUGUUUUCUUAUGAAAAAUUUUGCGUACCAAAAGAUGGGACAGAGCAUUUCUCGAAUUGUGUCGCACUCAGACAAUUUUGUUUAAUAUUUCUUUAUUUUCAGAAUUGUUUAUGUUCUUUC